GACAACAAGAAGAAUCAUAAGCCAUACGAGAAAAUCUCUUGCCACCUUUCUAUGCGCUUCCCUCACAUGCAUGUGUGGUUUGUUAUCGUUUCGAGCGUUCCGAUUUGCCAUUCACUCCGAAAGACCACCAAUGAGACGGCCUUCAGGAUUCGGCCUCCCAGGACUGGCCGCCACCAGCAGCCGUCCUUUUCCGUCGACGUCUUUGUUGACCAAACCGAUGGCAACGUCCUAAAGUACAAAGUCAGUGCUGACGGGCAGGAGAUUGUCCGACCUUCGACGCUGGGAAUGGUUCUUGAAGGGAUCCGUCUUGGAGAAAACGUCGAGAUCGAGGCGUUAGACGAGACAGAGGUCAAUGAUGUCAUCGAGACGCGGGGCGGCAAGCACUCCAGAGCAAAAAAUAACUUCGGUGGGCGAAGAAAAAGAACAAGGGGUGCAAACAUUCGUUGUCGUUUGUGCCAUACUGGUGUGGUCAGUCGAAGCUGUAUACAAGAUUCGUCAAGUCGGAUCGGAUUUCAAGGUAUUUCAGUGAAAUUGUGCCAUUUCUGCCAUUUGGGGCUGUGUCUUCUCUGCAAGUGGCAUUUGGACGUCCGCGUCUUUUCUGAUGGAGUCGCAAUCCGCUAUCGGGUCCCUGGAGCUGAGAACGGCACCUUUACCGAAACCAAGGUGUUGGGCGAGCUGACUGAGUUUUCUCUCACGUUAGGCGACGAUGAUGUCACCUGGACCUUCUCACGGCCCAACAAUCCGAAGAGUGAACUUGGGUCUGUAUGAAUACAUCACAUAAGCAACUGCUUACGGAAAGAUUGUUCUGCAGAAAUUACGAGGGUAUAUGGGAGGGAGUGAAGUUUCGGGACCUCCCAACUCGCAACCGGUUCCAUGGAUCCUUAUAUGGGUUGCCGGUCGUCCUGUCCGACGCCACGAAGAAGGCGCCAUUCCCAUAUCGGCUGAUCACAGAUGCAGCCCUCUACUCGUACAGGUAAAGGCAACUUGGUCAGAGGCAGCACCGUUGCCUGCUUCACUCGGGUGGUGUGCUCGAUUUGCAGUGGAAUGAGACUCAGAGCGGGGGAUACUGGAGUUCUGAAGGUCGAUUUGGCGGACAAGAUGUUCAAGAAAGCACUGCCCUUCAAAACACCCUGGCGUGUUUUAAUGCUUGCCGGCUCUCUUAAUGAUCUCGUGAACAGCGAUCUCGUUCCGAAUCUCAAUCCACCGCCGGAUCUGCAGCUUUUCAACGAUACGUCAUACAUCAAAGCAGGAAGGAGUGUGUGGCGUUGGCUUAAGCAUAACACGGGGACGCCAGAAGAGGAGAGGCACUACAUCGACAUGGCACAGCAGCUCGGAUACGAAUAUACAACCAUAGGUUAGCAGCAAGCCUGCGAUAACUGACAUUUCAUAGGAUGAGGUAUACCUAUGGCUUCAGAUGAAGGAUGGGAGAGUCGCAAAGCAGGACAUUCUCUCAUGAGAGAUAUGGCUGUGCAGGCCGUCUAUGAUAAGUUUGGCACCCAUUACUGGAAAGAAGUAGAGAGACUGAUAGAAUACGCUGAGGACAAAGGCCUUAAGGUUAGAGAUGACGAAGAUACGAUACGCAAUGGAUAGACAUGAAGGCAAGCCGUUUGCCCAUUUAGGUCUUUCUAUGGAAGAACCACGGGCAGGUUGCAGACCCUUCGAACGACUAUGAAGACCUGCGGACAUUUCUCGACAAGGUCAAGCACGUCGGAGCAGCUGGCGUUAAAGGCAAGCAGAAAAGCAGACACGGUGUUGGAUUGUCGUAUGGACACUCUCCUGGAUACGUAUGUAGUUGACUUCUUCAAUUCGUAUGUCAACUACACACACACCACGAAGGCUCUGUCACACAAGAACCACACACCAAUUUGACUCUUCAAUUUCUUUGCAGUGAAGCAAUCGACAAAAUAGAACUGCAAGAGAAGAUCCUGAUUGAGGGAGCGAAGAGGCGUCUGAUGAUCAACUUCCAUGGAUGCGCCCAACCGUCAGGUCAGGAGCGUACCUAUCCCAACGCUGUUACGCGAGAAGGCAUUAUGGGACUUGGUGGGUGAAAAAAGAAAGAAUGCUCUGCAUCACAUCAUCUCUAGAAAGAAAGAAUGCUCUGCAUCGCAUCACAAUCAGAAACGAACAGAUUUGGCAGCAAUCCCAAACUGAUGUGAGCCAAAAUACAUACGCACGCGACUCUCUCAAAAGCAAUGAACUCUCUUUCAUUGGACAGGCCUUCCCAUAACGCCGCUCUGCCCUUUACCCGCUUCAUUGUUGGCCCCGCAGACUACACCCCUCUCUCUCUCGAUGAAAAAUACAAAGGACCGACCACCACUGUAAACAUGCGCACACAUGAGGGUGUUAAGGCAUGCUGCACCACUCCUCCAUUGCGCUCUGUUAAUGUCUCCCCAGGCCCAUCAGAUAGCGACUCUCAUCUGCUUCGACUCGUACCUUCAGACCAUUUCUGAGGAUCCACAAGUCAUCAUGGAGUCGCCUUUUGUUGACGUUAUUAAGAAAAUCCCGUCAACGUGGUGAGUGAAAGACACAAUCCCACUUUGGUGUCACUCCGCAUUCUUGGUUCAGGGACGAGACGCGAGUGCUGGAGCCAUCGGCGAUCGGCGAGCUGGCCGUCAUUGUACGUAGGAAAGACGACGAGUGGUUUCUGGGGGUGCUGAGCGGAUCGACAGAGACUCGGGAAGUGAAGAUAUCCCUCGACUUUCUCGAGGACAAGGAGUACACAGCCACCAUCGUCAUGACGAAAUUGCUAGAAUCGGAUGGCCACGAAAACACCGUUAUGGAAGAACAUGAGUGGUUCGCCUCGGCUGAAAUUGAGGUCAAGCUGUGGGGGGAAGACACGAAGGGAGAUGGGUACGUUAUGAUCCUGUCGCCACCCAUUGACGACCGACGACGAACGAUGAGACAAGAGAGCGUGGCUUCGUGGGUGAGCGACGAUCGGUGAUCAGUCUGCGAGCUGCUGUGGUGGGCAGGUCGUCAUAAGUUGAUGUUCUCUGGUUGUGGGAUCGGGGAGAAAAGCGUUGUUUCUUUGCUUUGUAUGGACGUGAUCCCUUCGUCUUCCAUUUCUUGCUUGGGUCUGUGCGCCCACAGUGGCGGAUUCAGUCAAGUACAGUACUGUCCUUGAGGGGAUUGCUUCGCUUAAGUCAAGCACACGGAAGCAGUAACCACAGGAAGGAGCAGUAAUGUUAGUCAAGUAAGGCAAAGCAGAGGGAAUCGCGCAGAAGGGAAAGCAGUAAAGCAAAGCAAAGUGAAGUCCGCUGGGGGGAAAGGUACAAAG